AUGGACCUCUUCUCCGUCGCCUGCGAGAACUUCGGACUGGUCAUCAACACGCAGAAGACGGCGGUCAUGCAUCAACCGCCACUCCACUCAGCCACUCCUCCCAACGAGCCGCAAAUCAGCGUGAACGGAACCCAACUGCAGGUGGUGGAGAACUUCCCGUACCUGGGCAGCACACUCUCCCAUAACACCAAAAUCGAUGACGAAGUCGCUCGGAGGAUCUCGAAAGCCAGUCAAGCCUUCGGCCGCCUCCAAAGCACAGUCAAGAAUCGUCAUGGUCGCCAACUGAGCACGAAGCUGAAGAGGUGCAAGGCAGUAAUCCUAUCGACCCUGCUGUACGGAGCGGAGACUUGGACAGUGUACACAAAGCAGGCACGCCGACUGAACCACUUCCACCUCAGUUGUCUUCGACGCACCCUGAGGCUGAGCUGGCAGGAUCGUAUCCCCGACACUGAUGUACUGAGACGGACGGGAAUCCUCAGUAUCUACACCAAGCUGAGACAAAUGCAGCUGCGCUGGAGCGAUCACUUAGUGAGCAUGUCAACGAGCGACUUCCAAAACGGCUCUUCUACGGAGACGUCGCCAUGGGUUCUCGACGACAAGGAGGCCAAAUUCGUCCAUACAAGGAUACUCUGA